UGUUUUUGGUAACUGAAAAGCAUACAGCUAAAUAUUCCUCAGGAACACCAACUACGACAGCCAGCAUGAAGACCCUUCUGUCCGUAACGUUCAUGGUUAUGGCUCUUUGCCUGAUCUCUGAGGCUGUGCAAGUCAAGGAAGGCAACUUCACCUUUUCAUUAGAAUCUGUUAAAGUUCUCCAGCAGCUGACAGCCACCCACCCUCAAACACAAACCGCUACAACACCAAACCCUCCAACACAAAACCCUCGCCUGGCCAAGACAAGCUACUACUCUGUGUGUAACGAUCCCACCCUGCCCCAGGAGUUUGUGCCUUUGUGCAUGCAGAAAGGAGCAACCAUGUCUUUUGCUAGACUUGCUUCUGUGCCUGUGGAUCUUUGUGAGAUCUGUGCUUUUGCGGCUUGUACCGGAUGUUAAUCCUCUUCAACAUCUACUGGUUUUAUCUCACUCACCUAAUUGGAAGUUCUCGUAGUUUUGUAAGCUCUUUCAUUGAGCAACCAACAAGAUAUUGUCGUCUUGACCAUACAAACAUUAAAAAUGCUGUAAUAGCCCAAAUGGUAAAACUGAAAAUGGCAGCAGACUGUUUUUGAACUGUUACUUACUGUAAACUUGCUUUGCACUUACGUGCCUUUUUGAAUUUCCAUCUUGUUUUGUUACAGCUUAUUUCAUUUAUUUAAGAAAAAUUUGUUUUAUUUUUAUUAUUUCUAUUUCUGUUUUGGGUGGUUUAUCCUACUUUGUGUGUGACAGUGUCUUAAUGUUCAAUAAAAUGCUUUCAAAAUUCUGA